UCUUCCUUGGAUUUUGAAGGUAAAUAAAAAAGCAACCAUAUAUCCAAUACAUACUAUUUUUGGCUAAAAUUGAUAAACCUAAAUAGAGAUGGGAAUAGGGUCGUCAUGGUCAAGAAUGGCAGUAACAGUGGCUCUAUUACUGUUGUUGGGGGUCAUGUGUUGGGGGAAGGGAAUUCAUGCAAUUAGAUUUGUAAUAGACAGAGAAGAGUGUUUGUCUCAGAAUGUAGAAUACGAUGGAGACACUCUUCAACUCUCCUUUGUUGUCAUCGCACCUGACACUCCCUGGCAUUAUUAUACUACUGAGCCGUCCCUCCAUCUUCUGAUAAAGGGGCCUUCUGGUGAGCCGGUUCAUGAGUUUCGCGACAAGUCUAGUGAAAUGUAUGAGUUUAGGGCUCAGAGAAAAGGCGUUUAUCAGUUUUGUUUUACAAAUAACUCGCCUUACCAUGAAUACAUGGACUUUGAUUUACAUGUUAGCCAUUUUACACACUACAAUCAGCCUGCAAAAGAUGAACACUUUGAUCCAUUGCUGGAACAUAUAUCAAAGUUAGAAGAAGCUCUUCAGAAGAUACAGGUUGAACAGCAUUGGCUUGAAGCGCAGACUGAGCGUCAGGCAUCAGUGAAUGAAGGUAUGGGGCGAAGAGCGAUGACCAAGGCCAUUGUUGAAUCAAUAGCUCUAUUUUUGGUUACUGAGCUUCAGAGUUUCCUCCUGCGACGCCUUUUUGAGAAGAAGCUUUAGUCAUCUAGAGUCUAAAGCAGUGGCAGAGUCAGAAAUUCAUGAUAUUGAAACCUGCAACCUAAAGCAAUUACCAAAUUAGACAACUUGGAGCCAGUCUUGCUAAUCAAGAAAAUUUUGAUGUCUAUAAUGUAUAGUUAUUCCUUAGUUCGAUACACAAAUGAUGAUAGUUGAAUGAUUAUAAAACGUCUCUCUUUGAUUUGGAUUGUCUAAAUUGUUUUUGAUAUGAGCAUGUUUAGAUUGGAGUAUAAAAAAUUCCGUAUCAUUUAUAAUGGUGUAAAUAGAUAAAGAAAGGGCAACUAGGUGCACUAAACUCCCGC